AGGUGGGGUCUGACGCGCAAAAGAGAAACAGCAUCGCCUCGUCAGAUCAGUGGUAGCUCAAAGCGGGCAGUGAACAUGACUGACCACGAUCUGCACAUCAGUCGUAGCCCCGAGAGUGAACAGGCCGAUUCGGAUAGGCCCAUAACGGAAGGUGAGGAUAGCGGGCCCGAAUCGGGAUGCGAAAACACGAGAUUCCCACCUACCAUACGAGAUGCAGUUACCAGGGUACUCAAAGGUUACGAUUGGACUCUUGUUCCUACACCUAGCAGGCCUUCUAGUUCGGAGAAACGUAAACCUCACGUUAAACGCCCCAUGAAUGCCUUUAUGGUAUGGGCACAGGCUGCAAGAAGGAAAUUGGCCGAUCAGUAUCCUCAUCUUCAUAAUGCCGAACUUAGCAAAACACUAGGAAAACUUUGGAGACUGCUGAGUGAGGAAGAAAAAAAACCAUUUAUAGAAGAAGCAGAUAGAUUGAGGAUUAUUCACAAGAAGGAGCACCCCGAUUACAAGUACCAACCCAGACGUAGGAAACCAUUGAAAGGGGUCAACAACAGUCAAACAACCGAACACGUCCAGGGAGCAACCGUCAUAUUCAGAUCUCUCAAACAAGAUCCAGCUACUAGUGACGAACACUCGGCCCAUUCGACACCCAGCCCUCAACAUUCUGGUAGCCCUCACAGCCCUCCAACGCCACCCUCUACCCCGAAUCGUCUCGAUGCACCCAAUCGCACGGAUAACCGAAAAAAGGCGCUAUUGAGACAAGGGGAUCAAGGCCAACCCAUCGAUUUUAGUCACGUCGAUGUCUGUCAACUCUCCACCGAUGCUAUAGAAAGCUUUGAUCAAUCGGAACUCGAUCAGUACUUGCCCAAUCAGUACGUUCCUCAAUCGUACAGAAACAAUUACGGUGUCAUGUCGUAUUGCAGCGAAUGGCUGGGAAAAUAUCCGCAAAAUAACCAGACUUACACGGACUGUACGGAAGAGGUCAUGCCCUCCGGGGGUGCCACUCACGUCUUCAACUAUCAAGAAGAUACCAGUGAGUCGUGCGACGUUCAAGAGCCCUGCAAGUACCACAACUUGACCACACCCGUUAAAUCGGAGCCGAGAUCACUCUUGGCCAAUCGAACUGCUGCUUUCAAUUUCGAAUCAAACUUUUCCUUGCCUCAAGUGGGGUGCUUCAACAAUCAGAAUGCCUAUUUUGGAAAUGGGCAGGUUUCUAAUCAGUACUCCAUCAGUGGCAAGGGGUACAGAUCCGUUUCGGAUGAACAGUGGUCUGCCUAUGCUUAAACGCGCGUGAAACACACCAGGCAGGUUCUGGUGAUGCAGGGUAUCAAUAAAAAGAAAGAAAUUACUUUAACAAACCCUGGCAGCUAUAGAGAAAUUCCCCAAAACCCGUCCACCAUAUUGUGCCAAAGUGUUUUUUAUAUCGAAUAAUAAUAAUGAUGAUAGUAUCACAUAUUAUUUUUCUAUUAAUUUUGGUUCCUCUUCUGUAUUCGAACAGAAAUAUUAAUGUAUACACACGAAUAAUCUCUUGUAAAUAAUUUUUAUUUUUUAUUAUCGAUAAUAAAGUAUUCUUACUUUUA